GGAGGAAAAAAAGAAAAAAAAGCUGCAGAGAGAGAGCAAAAAGCAAACGAAGCAGCAAGAGGUGGAAGUGAAGGAGGCGGAGGCUGAGCCAGAAAAAGUGGAGAUGCCAGCAGCUCAGGUACUUAGCAUUACUGCAAGAAAGCAGCAGCACUUUCCAAUCCAGGGGAGCUGAGGUUGUUAGGUACAUCUAGCACCCGGACCAGAGUAGCACUCUUGGUGCAGCACAGCUGGAUGGGUGACUGCUGCCUUUUGGGUGCGAUAGAGGACCAAACUGGUCACGCUGGGACACUGCCCCAAGAGCGUGCUGAGGUCCCUCUCCUGACUGUGGUCCUGUCCCACUGCAGUCCCCACUGGAACAGUCUUGCAGGGAACUGCAUGCUGGGAAGCAGCACCACAGGACUGAGUGUCUCUUCCUGUACAGGAAUCCUCUUCCCCCAAGGAAGAGCAUUUCAGCUCUCCGUCUGAGUGUGAAUCAGAGCAAUCCAGCUCCAGCUCCAGCUCCGGCUCCAGCUCCAGCUCCAGCUCCAGCCUGAUGGAGAGGAUGAUGGGGGAGCAGGAAGAGGCCGAGGAACAGCCACCCAGCAUCUUCUGGGACAGCACUGCUAUCCCUAAAGCGUAAGUGUGCACCAACUCCAUCCAAGUCCUGGGGCAGCGGGGUGGUGGUGAGCCACCUGUGCUUUGGAUCAAGGGCUCCAGCCUCCGAGCCACAGUGCCACACACAGCGCCCUGAGACCUGCAAGGCCAUGGGUGUGGUCGUGGUUAGGGCCCAAUGCCACGAGGCUCUCUGGAGCCCAAAGCAGCCUACACAUGGACGUCGUCCUGCAUCAAAGAGGCUGUGGGAAUAAAUGGGUCGGGAAGCAAUCAACCACAAUCUCCCGGACCUUCCCCGUCCAUUCUCCCAGCCACUUUUCCCAGCUGCACUCCUGGCUGCUUCUCCCAGCUGCUCUACUGGACCUUCUUGUCCGCCCAGCUGUUUCUGUUGGCUGCUUCACAAAUGGCCUCUUCUCCCGGCUGCUCUCUCAGCCGCUUCCUCGAGUACUCGAAUACCAAACUUCUACAAAAGAACAGACACAAUCACUUCUACACUCACACCACAAGCAAACUCCUCAAUCGUAAAUCAAACACACUAUCAUGUUGGGAGUCACCACUUGAAAUAUUCGCCAAUUAACCCGACUUAUCCCGGGUCCUCAGCUGUCCAGGAGAGAGAGACACAAACAUGGAUGCCAUCAUGUCUUCUCUCAAUUUAUUGCUGCAUCACACACCUUAUAUACUAUCCAUAUCCCGCACAGACACGUACACCCGCUACACAAAUCCCGAUGCACGCGAGAUAACCUAUACACACACUUACCUAAACUCCCUGCCCACUAACUCUUAACCUCCAGGCCUAACUCAGCUACUCUAGAACACUCCUUCUACUCAGAACUGCUGUAUGCACUCAUAAAUCCUUGCAAAGACAACUUAGCACCCCAACAAGUAGCAAGGUGAGAUAUGCCAAAGAACCAGAGAACAAGAUUUAAAACAUUACUUUCCCCUAAUCUUCUGGCAGAUGCCAGCAUUAAGGCCAUUCCCAUGUCUGCUGUGGAGUCAGCAACGGCGUGUGGGCUACUAGUCACUUCUGCACUAAAGUUAGAAAUCAUCUUCAAGUUUAAGUGAUCCACUCCAACACCAGAGUUCCCAAGGACCUUUAAAUUAGGCAGGCUUUCUAGAAGCUCCUGGUCGAUAGUUGGCCUGAACUCAAGCACAAACAUGGAUUGUUUUGUUGUUUUUUUUCCUCCAUUUCUUUCUUGUUUUCAAGUAGUUCUUUCAUGGUGAUAACACAAAAGUGUUUCUUCAGAAGUGCUGCAAGGCUUUCUUGAACACCAUGAGGUCCUCCAAUAGGCAUAGUCAGAAGACCUGGCAACUCUGUUCUGCCACGACCCGCAGUGGAGCAAUAGAAGAAGCACGCUGCUGUUUAAGAGAACGUCAUUCAAACCGUGAUGGUGUAGCGAUCAUUUAAAUUCACACCUGUGAAUCAGGAAAAUAAAGGAGCUGCAUGGUCCUUUUAAUGAUACAGAACAAAUUCAGUCACAUUGGACCAGCGUGGCCUUGCGCUACAAAAUGGUCCGAUAUCUCCGGUAAGCACUGGAUUGCGCUGCAACACCAAGCUACAGUCACCUUCUCGGGUCUAAAUCUGGUUCAGGUCCUGCAAGGUGGCCUCAGACAGCUUCAACUCAGGCCAGAAACCCUAUCGCUUUCAUACAAAUCGGGCAGCUUCUUAACCCUAGCCUACAACUUGAGUAUAGCAAAGGGUGGUAUAGAACUGCUGCCAGGAAGUUAUUCAAAGUUGCUUGCCUGUGAAUUGUGUUUGGUGAAGCUGUAGGCUGUGUUGGGAGCCAGAGGUUCAGACAGGUCUGACAAACCUACCUGACCCUUCUCACUAGAGCUUUCCCCUUGCCUAGGCAGUUUUGAGCCCGGUCCUGCCUGCAACACCCCCCACAAGUACAUCAUAUUCUGCAGUAAGACAAAAGUUGCUCAGAUAGCCAUGUAUGCAGUUUGAGGGGUAAAACUGCAGCCCUUACUGACAAUUAUGGCCCUCAUUGACAAAAAUGGCAGCAGCAGAUUUGCUGCCUGUCUUAUGAGUAUACCUGUCUCAUUUCCCAUGAUUCUGUUGUUGUGCUCUUGAAGUAGAUGACCAAAAUUUAUUCAACAAACGCACUUCUGUUUUGUGGAGCAUCUCCUUUCUUUCUCAACUGAAGUGCCUGCCAGGUGGUUUAAAUGUCAUUUACACUCUGCAUAGUGUUGUUCUAGUACGGCUCACUCCUGCUUUGUGGGCUGAAGUGAAAUAUCUUCACAUCAACCAGAAAUUACACCCAGUGUAGUACUGCCAGACAUUUGAUGGCCAACUUAGUAAGCGUAUAGCAUUUGGAAGCCGUUAGGUUUGUCACGCGUCUACAGGCAUGUCUUUUAAUUCCCAUGUGAAUACGAAUUUCUGCUGUACCUGCAUAAGGAUAAGCUACGUUUAGAAAUGAAAGCUUCCUUUCGGUCCACGAAAGGUCAGGAGUAGGAAACAGACGCGUGACAUGGUUUUCCUUCAGGAAUUAAGACACUGACGAUGACACUGAAGGGGAAGGGUACUAGUGCACCCGAGGAGCAGCCAUGGAAAACUGCCCACAGAACAGCUUCUCAUCGGGGCCUCUUUUUGUUACCAAUUACCAUUUCAGUCUCCUGUUCUCAGCUUGGCAGCUCUCAAAAAUGUCUCAAUUUUUAUCACCGGGUUAUCAGUUUGAUUUCUGCUGAGAGCUGUGCGUGUCACGGUGAGGUCUCAGAUGUGCACAAAGGGAGCUCACUUCCCUGGCCGUCCAUUUAGCAUAGCCUCUCUCUGAUACUGGACAUGAAAUUAAUGCAUUGGCUGUGCUUCAAGACAAGUUCCUUGUCACUGGUCCUUGUGUGUUUAAAAAGAACGGCAACACCGUUCAACACUUAAGCUUUUGUAAAAAUAAAUGCUGCAAUUAUGAAAGCCUGGGUCUUCAAAUGACUAACGCAAACAACCAAAGGCUAUUAUAACGCAUGCUGCGUGAGCAUCCAACCUUCUGGCCUGCCUGGGCUGCCCUAAACGAAGGAAGAGGAACUCUCUUGGGCCACGCAUAGAAUCUAUAAUGAAGCUGAUGGCUACAGCCAGCAAGGAUCAUUUCAGUUUUUAUACUUUUUAUUAAAGCAAUUUUUCAGCAACCUUGAAACCCAGUCACCAAUUCCCUUAGCAAAGGGAAAGCAAGGCUGCGUAGCCUUGGCUCUUCGCGGGCCUGCGUUUAGCCCACGGAUCACAAAGCACACAACCCUCUGCCGUAACCAGACUCAGCGCCAGAGCCGGCUGUGAUCCGACACGGGGAAGCCGUCUGGGCUCCGCUCCCACAGGCCACCACCGGGGCCGGCCUGCUGCCCCAACCCUGCCACGUCCAGGUAGGAGGCAGAGGCGGGAGGAGUCACACGACGGUGGGCAGGAGGCGCCAGCAGUUACAGCCCAGUGUUUCCGUACGAGGACGUGACGGGGGCAGAGCGACCGACGAGGCCAGGCAAAGCCCCUGCUGGUGGGGACGCAGCUCCGCGAGGCCCGCUCCCAAAGGGCGUCCCUGCCCAGAGCCCGCUCUGACAGGCCCCGCUGACGGCGUGUGCAGCCCCUCUGUGACGCGGUCGGGGGUCAUAAUGGCACAGCCCCGCGUCACGGCGGUGACCGCCCCCUUUAAGCUCGCCGACUCCACGCAUCCUCCCCACAUCUCGCAGAGAGGCCGACGAGACUCCAGGCGCUUGCCGAGGAGCUCAUCUCGCCGCUGCUGUGCUCUGGACAAGCUGCUGUGCCGUGAGGUGGAGUAGGCAGAGAGAAGCAGAACUAGAGGCAGGUGUGAAGGGCUGAGGAGGAGGGCUGCUGUGCCGGAAGACUGACCAACUGCUGCAGCAACUGGGGGAAGUAAGAUGGCAAACUCCCUCUUCUCGAGACCUCGCUCGCCUCCAACUACUAAGAAGCUCAGAGAGUCUGAGCUAGCCCGGAUUUGGUCCAGCGCAUCCUAUUAUCUUGGUGAACAGCUGGCUCUCUACCAGGCUGUGAGCAUUCCCGGACUGGGGACUUUCACAGUUAUCAGAGAGCUCGUAGCCAGCCAGCAGAAUAAUACAGUUGCUGUUCACAGACCUGUAUUUCUUCUGGCAAAGGCUCUCGCGCAAGACAACGACCUCCAGUACGAUUUCAUCGAUGAUGCAGAACCCGACCCGUAUUAUGAGCUUCCAUACGAUGAGAUAGCCUCAGAAAACGGCAUCUAUGAAGACGAGGCGCAGCUUUGCGUGGAAAGGACCUUGUGCCUUUUCAGCGCCUGCAUAGGGAAGAGGCAGAACGUUGCCUUCAUUUGGAGGGACGUUGGCAUGCUGCUGAUUGAAGGAAGACGGGUCCAAAUGAAAUUCUACGAGGACUUCCUGGGGAAGCUCAAUGGGACUGCUGACAAAUUGCAGGCUCUUCUUGGGAUGCCAGAAAUGAGUAAAUUGGUCAUCUCGCGCAAUGACUGCGCAGCUUCCCAGACAUCUUCUGGACAUGUUAUUGUCUUCCCAAUGUACACGCACGAGAGCAUUCUUCAAAUGAGUGAAACAGCAAAGGUGGACCUGAAAUACCAUCUCAAGAUCAGACACGAGCAAGGCUGGUCAAGAGCUGGUGACAGAGGCAGGAAAGGGGACCUUUGCGAGACGCGCCUCCUUCAUCGAGCAGCGCUUUCUCCAGAGAAAUUGCCGGCAUUGACUGUAAUGCCACGCAGAGACCAGAAAGCCGAGGAAAAAGACGCCAGAGCCGGCUUUGAUCCGACACGGGGAAGCCGCAGGGCUCCGCUCCCACAGGCCGCCACCGGGGCCGGCCUGCUGCCCCAACCCUGCCACGUCCAGGUAAGAGGCAGAGGCGGGAGGAGUCACACGACGGUGGCCUGGAGGCGCCAGCAGUUACAGCCCAGUGUUUCCGUACGAGGACGUGACGGGGGCAGAGCGACCGACGAGGCCAGGCAAAGCCCCUGUUGGUGGGGACGCAGCUCCGCGAGGCCCGCUCCCAAAGGGCGUCCCUGCCCAGAGCCCGCUCUGACAGGCCCCGCUGACGGCGUGUGCAACCCCUCUGUGACGCGGUCGGGGGUCAUAAUGGCACAGCCCCGCGUCACGGCGGUGACCGCCCCCUUUAAGCUCGCCGACCGCACGCGUCCUCCCCACAUCUCGCAGAGAGGCCGACGAGACUCUAGGCGCUUGCCGAGGAGCUCAUCUCGCCGCUGCUGUGCUCUGGACGAGCUGCUGUGCCGUGAGGUGGAGUAG